AAAAAACGUGUAGUUUCCAAGACUGGUGAAAGCAGUAAUCUAGAAGCGUGGGAACCCCGUGAAACUCCAAGCCUGGUCAACCCAGUGCAGCGAAGCAGAAUCAUGGAUGUUUAAUCUUCACGUCGAAAAUUCUACUCAGCCGUCAUGGAUUCAGUUAAUCUUCUACUUGUGAUGAUGAUGCUUUUUCAUCUCGGCGAGGCUGCAUUGAAGUUGGGAGAUGGUCCACCGUUAGCUUGCUUCCACUGUACCGAGAAGGACAACUGCAACGAGAAGUUGGGAGAGUCAAAGCCGUGCAAAUCGCCUUACGACCGGUGUGCUACUUAUUACGACUCCGGCACUUCGGUCGGAGUGGUAGCGAGAGGAUGUGACAGAAGGAUUUUGUCUGGGUGUUAUCGGACUGGAGUCACUACCCAGGCCUGUGUGUGCUCAUACGACCACUGCAACAAUUUCAAAAUCCAGGACUUGAACCUGGCUUUCACCCGGGAGGAAAUCGCUGCCCGGGCCGCGGAUAUCUUCAAGAAAUCCGCCGCCGUUUCUCGGGAUACUUCAGCACAGACCGGCGAGAGCAACAAGGACGAGAACAAGGACGUCAACGACGUGCCAACGCCUGAGACAGUGGAGGACAUGCUAACUCAGACCCGGGAACACGCUGGGAAAAUGUUGGCAAAAAGCUUUUUGCGCUUCCAACUGUCCAAGAACGCGCCAAGCAGCAAUGACGACGACAAUGCUUCGAAGGAAGUGGCAGUGCGCAAGAAUGUUGUCAAAAACCUGGUUACCAACUACUUGCGACGCAAUCCCACGCACGACGUGGAGGUGGUCGCCGUCGACAAUGACGAUAUUCAUCUCCAUUUCUACGAGACCGUGACGCCGAAGCCGACAGUCAUCAACAUUCCCGCAGUCAUGCGGGAGGCGCAGAACAUCAUCAGCAACUCGGCCAAGUCUAGAACCGGGAUGUCGACUUUUUCCCAUAUUAGCGAGGAGAUAAAGCGGUCAGCCGUGAGAAAUGUCGCAGGUCUCGGGACUUCGGGAGCUCGAGAACCCGAACCAUCGAUCAAACACUUCCCGGCGGAAUGGCUUCACUUGUCGGCUAUCUGUUCUAGGCACUGCCUUUGCCUUGACGGCGGCGCCUGCAAGUGUGAUGGGUCAUCCUGGAAGCGUCAAACCAUUGAUGGAUCGUGCAGCUCACUCAUUCCGGAAAAUUACCCCCUGGCCACUUAA